AUGCGCAGACUUUUCAGUCGAUCGGUAAACGACCGAUCGGCAAAUGAUGAUCGUAUAUCAGCGCCUCUAAAUCAAGGAGAAUACUAUAAUAAUAAUAGUAGUAACGAAUCAAGUGACAUCGAACAACAGGACUUGGAUUUUCACUCGGGCGGUUCACAGUUACUUUCGAACAACUCUACUUCUAGGCGACGUUUACCAAGAAAUAAACGUGGAAAGCGACAAAUGCGUGUUGCUGAUAAAGCUGCAUUAAGUCUUCGAACUAAACGCAAUAAUCACCUUAUAUCGUUGUCAGGUGCGCAGAGCCGACCGAUAAUAACUGCUCGGCAAAACCAGGUUUGUCCCUCCGAUAUUCUUUAA